AUGCAUAUAUACAUACAUAAAUAUAUACAUACAUACAUACAUACAUACAUAAAUACAUACAUACGUACAUACAUACAUACAUACAUACAUACAUACAUACACACAUACAUAUACAUACAUUUAUACAUACAUAAAUACAUACAUACAUACACAAAUAGCUACAUGCAAACAUAUAUGGAAAUACACAAUUGCGUACAAACAGACUCACACACAUACAUAAAUAAAUAUAUAAAUGCCUAA